AUGGACGAUGAAGUAGCGGCCGCCAGCAGCCGCCGCAGCAGCAGCAGCAGUACGAGUAGGAGUUUGCGGCUCGCGAAUGUUUCGGCCGCAGCGAUGGAUGGGGGAGGGUUUGGGCGAGAAGAGGGGGGUGACGGUGCCGGCGAAGGAGCGAGAGAUACGCGCAGAGGGAGUAGCAGUAGCAGCAGCAGUGGGGGAGGGGCGCAGCAAAUGGACGAAGCAGCAGCAGCUUCGGGGGAAAGCGGGGGUACGGACGGAGGUGGUUUGGUUAGUCGGCGUCGCGGAGACGCUAUUCGCCUGGUUGGCGAGAUGAACAUCGAUAAGCCUGCCUACCUGCAGGUACAGGAGGGUCGAAACGGUAGGUCUGAUACCCUCCUCGUGUCCCAGUUCGGCUUCACCCGCGGCGGAGCUGUGUCACGAGUGGACCUCGACCCGCCGCCGCAAUUGCCCCGCAUUUUUGCGAGACUGGAGGGAGCAGUUAGCCGGAGCGCUGCAGCGGCAGCGGCGGCGGUUGGGGGGGGGGUGUUGUCGCGUCGCAUGCAACCGAGACUCACGGGGACGUGGGCGGGGCCCCUGCUUUGGCCGAACGAGGUUAACCAGGAUAUCUCAGCAUCGAGGGCGAAAGAAGGCGGAGGAGACAGCCUUGCCGGCAGCGGCGAAACGAACGGGAGCGCGGGAGGCGGCGCCCACGUUCAGCAGCCCCUGCGCUUCGAGAGCCAGCAGUUCAGCCUCCUUCGCCUCGAGAGCGACAAGUUUAGCGACGGCGACCGCCCUCCCCGCCUGAGGCGAGAAACGGAGGCGGCGGCGCUACCGCUGCCGGUGACGGGAGCGGGAGCAGGAGGGGCGCCGCAGGCGCCCCCGAACACGGCGGAGCCCUCGCUGCUGCAAGACGGACGCAACGCCGCCGGCACGUCUGCUUCGACGCAGUCGCCGCCGCCGCCGCCGACGUUGCCGGGGUGGGACGGCCCGUUGCCGCCCGAGGACGGGGAUGCGGUGCUCAUCGCCGACGGGUUCCUGGUGCCCGGUAAGGCGGACGGGGGGGUGUACCUCGUCGUCCCCGCGGCCGCGGAGGAACGGCGUGCCACCGCCGCCGCCGGCUUGGGGGUCGAUGGCGCUGCUCGUGGCGGGGAGUCUCGAGCGGAAGGCAAGGCCGGGGCAGGUGCCGCUGCUGCUGCGGGUAGCAUCCCCCCGGAGGAUAGGAUUGUGCGACUGACGAACCCGAAGAGGGGCUGGUUCUACCACAAGGCGGUGUGGGUUGUCCUCCCGGGGGGAAAGAAGGUGGUGCUUACGGCGAGGGUGCACAAGCCCAUCUUCGGGCAGGCGGAGGGCGAGCUCGUGCUCUUGGAGAUGCCUCGAGUGGACAGCCCGUUGUCAGAGCAGAACCUGCCCUGGAGAGAGAAAGUCCUGGUGACGGGGCCAGAUGUCAUGUUCGAGGUGGUUGACCUAGAUCGAGAGGACAGCACGGUCCAGGUAAUCUGCGCCGAGUUUUUCGGGGGCAGGGUCACCAUGCACAGCCUCUGGGGCGGCGGCCAGCUGCCAGGCAGCCAGCCUUCGGUGACAGAGUCUUGGGUGCUCGACGACAACGCGGGGCCGGCGUACUCGAUCACUGCCGCUGACUUGCGUGGGGGAUCACCAGGCGGCCGCCCAACCCACUUCCUGGUGACCGUUCACGAGUCCUCGUACAACACCUACUCCCUCUUCGCCGCCGCCGGCGGCAUCGGCGGGAACGGUGGGGGCGGCUCCUCCUCCAAUGCUAACUUUAACCCUGCCGCCGCCGCGGCCGCGGCCGCUUCCGCGGCCGCCGGCUCGCGUCAUGCCGGCGUCGAGCCCGAUCCUGCCGGCAUUGAGGCGGAGAAGGCGGCGUUUAAGGUUCCGCCGGAGGGGACGUCAAGGUGGGGGGCCGGUAGAUGGGGAGGGGUGGUGGCCGGGGGGCCUAAGGAGCGGCGGUGGCAGCGUCGGGAGGAGGGGCGGGGGAGCGGCGGCGCGGGGGGCUCGCUCGUGGCGUACGAGAUCCCUGAGGACUGGCGUAUGCUCCCGAGGUUUUACCCCGCGCCGGGUUGGCUGCGCGCUACGCUGGCGAGCGGGUUCCGGGUACGCGGGAUCAGCAUCAACCCGGGAACUCCAGGGUUCCCGUACUUGUUCCACCCCCACAGAAGCAUGGAGAUUUAA